GUCAACCGCAGAUCAUUGUUAGUUACUUGUUCUAUUUCGGAAUUUCCUACUCGUACAAAUAGACAGAAAAGCAAUAAUCUCGCCGAGUCUUCGUUUGACUGAACAUUUGUGCUGCACUCUGUCCUAUUUAUAAAUGCUCUAGCUACGAACUAAACAGAUGGGUAGAGACAGGGAGCAGCCAGCACCUAUCGCGCUACCAGUAUGAUCUUAGUGCCACUGCCACCAACCAAGCCGCAACAACACUUCCGGUGCCGAUCAUCACACGCGGCCGCGGCCCUCCAUCUGCUACUUCUCGGUGUAGCAAUGGCGAGCGGCGCCGCAAGGGCGCACGCCGUCAACGCGCCGUGCUGCAACCUGCUCCAGGGGGUGAACCUGGUGCCGUGCCUGGCGAUGGCGGCGCCCAGCGGCGGCGCCGUGAACAUAAGCGCCGCCUGCUGCGCGUCGCUGAACGAGGCGCUCGACGCCGGCCGCCGCUGCCUGUGCUCGCUGCUGCUGGCCAACGGCGUGCUCGCCGGCCUCGUCGCCACGCUGAUCCCCACGCUGCCCAUGGUGCUGCCGCUGCCCGGGUGCUACCUCUGCGCCCCUCCUCUCGCGGCCUGUCAAGCAACGUUGCUGCCGACGGAUUAUGGUGCGUCGCCGGCGUCGGUGGCUGCGAGCGUGGGGGGUGCUGCUGCUGGUGUCGCGGUGAAUCCGCCGCCUCCUCAGGCCGCCGUUGCGCCACCGCCUAAGAAUGGUAGUGUGGCUGGGAGGAAGGAUGGUGGGAGGACGGACGGGGGCGCCGGUAAUGGCUCAACGGAGGAGCAGAGCGUUAGAAGGAGCGACGCGUUUGUCAGUGAGGGUAGGAUGUACAUGCUGAUCUUCGCGGUGGUCAUAGCUGUAUUUUUCUUCGAUUAAGUUGCCUGCCCAUGGUUCCAUAGGAUUAAUGAUAGAUUAAUCUGAUUGACUUGAGUAAUGCAGUAUCUUUACCAUGGA